AUGACGUCCUUCCCGCCCCCUGGAUUCGAAAACAUUAGCCGCGCAUCGGCAAUCCUCUUCGACAAUUUCGAUGCUGACGAGGUGUUCAUUGGCCCUGGUCUGUCGGCCGAGGAGUACGAGGCCUCCCUCCAGAAGCUGUGCACAUUCGGCACCGUCCAGGAUUUCUGGAAGUGCUACAACAAUCUGCCACCCAUCGAGAAGCUGCGCUUCAAGUCGAGCUUCCACCUCAUGAAGUCGGGCAUUUCGCCCCUGUGGGAGGAUCCCAAGAACGCCAACGGCGGUUUCUGGGCCAUGCGAGAAGUCAUUCUGGCGCUCAUCGGCGAGCAGUUCGAGGGCUCGCUGGGCGAGGGCGACGAAAUCUGCGGCCUCACGGUGAGCAUCAGGCAGCACGACGACAUCAUCCGCAUUUGGAACACCAACGCCAGCGCCAACUCAUCGGGUCUCCUCGGCCGACUCAAGGAGAUCAUCCCCAAGGCCGAGCUGCGCAGCCCCUUCUACAAGGCCAACCGGGAGCACACAGACUUCAACAAGGAUUUCCACGACGCCAAGAGGGACACCAACUAG